CUGAUUGGCUGGCAGCACGGUUAGCCUGUUAGCUAACCUUAACCUGUUUUACUCUGAUAUCCGACUUUUACACGGCGAUUUAACCUGGAAAAUUACAAUAAUUCUCAUUUUUUUUAUCUGAGACGCUUCCAUAAAGGGACAUAAGCGGCAUAUUCAUAAUUUUAUCCAUUCAUUUAUUUAUUUAUUUGUAAUUUAUUUAUUCGGCUGCUUCUUUAAUAUGAAUUGGGUAGGAGGUUCACGGAUCCACCAUAUAAAGGGCAAUGAUAUGAAGAAACAAAAGGCCUUUUUCGAAAAGAGAAGGAGGCAGAAGUGGAUGAAUCCCCAGGGACCACCAUUAUCACCUGAGGGUGGCACUGCUGGGAACGUAGAUCUGCUCACAAUGUUUAUUGCCAACCAAAUUGCAUUAAAAAAGGAGAACAAUGAUAAAGGCAUGGCGAACCAUAGUGUGAAUAAAUACAAUUAAGUUUGCUAUAUGUGUUGUUUUCCGAACAUUUCCAGAUAUGUGAUAUAUUUAUUGCAGGAAAGACUAAAAUAACCCAUCUAGCCAAUUCCAAAGGAACAUUGAAACAUAUGGGUCAGCAGCCCUUAGAGUUACCAAUGAGUCCAUGUGCUCCAUCAAGCUUGAAUCUAGUGGAAAGCGAGCCUCGAUACAGUGUCCAUACUGAGGGUCUGAAAAAGAGAAAAACGAGUCUCCUGGAGGAGUUAAAGUUUAAAGCGCUGUCACCUGUAAUGGAAGUCAACCAAUCUGACAACAGUGCUUCAGACUAUAUGCACAGACAUCACCACCAUCAGGGUAGCGUCAGUUCCAUCUCCUCAGCUUCCCCAAGCCUCUCAGAGGGCUUUCAGCCCAGACCCACAGCUCACAUCUCCCCUCCAGUAGCAUGGGAAUCCUACUGCACAGAGACCCCUGAGUUGAGACCCUUCUCCCAGCCAAUGGAGGUAUGUGAGUAUGAUCCUUGGAUGACUGCACCUCAUCACACAACACAACCCACUCACAUCAGCCCAGUAACAGCAACUCAGUUUGGGAGCCCCUUACACAGCACAGAGAUCAGUGGGCCCUCUAUGCGUGCAGCUGAUGAAUACCCACCUUCUGAACAAGAAAAGCCACUCUUUUUAGAGUUCAACACUGACGAAUAUGAAGAUCAAGAGAUGUUUGGUGAACGAAUGAUCAACAUUAAUCCUCAGGAGACGCCCUGUAUGAGACCACAUGAUUUCAGUGAAUCACACACCAGGGACUACAGUUCUGAUUUCGAACCUCAGGAAAAUAAGACACAUAUGCAUCCUGCUGAGACGACUCCAACAACAGGAAGCCAAUACUGCUCGUCAGAGAUGAGCACAACAAGACGAGUCCUGUCCUUCAGUCAAAAGGUGAUGCUUAACCACAGUGGUAGAGAGAAAGCAAGUAACGCACAGGGGGGUCUGAAAAGCUUGAGGAGGGCUAGCUGUGGACUCGACUGUGAGGAGGAUCAGUUUGUUCCUUCUUGUCUACAGACUGAGGCGGAACGUGUCGGGAUACGUGAGAAAACAUCAUCCAGAAUGAGAGAUAUGGGAACACAGACAGCAGCUGCUUCCACUUCAGCUCGUCAAGAUGCUUCAGUACAGUGCAGCCUAUUAAAAGCAGAAAACAGGCUGAGUGUUUCCACUGAGCACACAGCCCCCUUUCACCAGCACAGCACUCGCAAAUCCAGGAAAGUUCCCAGUUCUACCACUAGGAGGCACACUGGUAAAAGCAAUGAAGGUCUGCUGAGUGUUACUCAGUGUACUCUAUCAGAAAUCCAUAAAGUGAAGUGGAACACGCCCUGGAACACAGCAAUGAACAAGGAGGCCACACAGCAGGCUCCUGGAACCAUAACAGGACAGGAAAGUUCACCCAAAUCUGAGAAUCAAGCGUGCACAAAUACUGAACAUCCCAUACCAGGACAGAACUGCUCCCAGGAGAAAGCACCAGCAGAACCUAAAGAGAAGCUGUCAGGGAACAUAGUGGUGAGAGGAGAAAGGUGUGAAGGUCACGAGGAGGAGAGCGUGAAUCCGAAGCCUGCUGAGAACGCCUGCAGCACUGAGGAGCACGGCAGAGAGAGAGGUGUGAACUGGGUCUCUGGGGAGGCGGAAAGUCUCCAGGAAAUCGCAGAUAUUCUCCUAAUGCUAAAGCAGAAAAACAAGCCUGAAUGAAAGGAAAGGCAGAGAUGACUCAGACCUGCUUUGCUUUGUAUGUUUGUAAGUAAGCACCUGUUGCUGCUUCACACGUUCAGAAAGCUCUCAGGUGGCUUCUUAUUUGUUUACCUCUUGUAGGACACACACUUUAUGAGGGUCAAAGCUAAAAACGUAAUUGAAACAGUGAGUGUACAAUUAUAUAUUUUAUUGUUUAAACUUCCAAAUGUCAUGAAUAUAUUCAGUUUUGUAGAAUAUAAAUCUAGCAAAACUUUUACAGCGACAAUAGUCAAAUUUACUGUACAACACUAUCCAUAUAUUUGUAUUCACUAGUUCUUCAUUGACUGUAGAAACACUGCUCUGUAGAUAAUAAAGGUAGAUAAUAAUUUAAUGUAGAAAAACAAAACAAAAUACACACACACACACACACACAGCCAUUCACUAGAAACAUUAGAUGUGUCAAUUAAAAGUAACACAGUGAGUUGUCAUUGACUUUGGAGCAUCCUCCUCCCAUUGUCAAGUACAUUCUAAAAACACACAUCUGAUACACUGUAAUCUCUGUUCAGGAAAACUCUUAAUAAAACUUUAAUUCAAGGAACACAGAUGAGGGUUUAUUAAGGUUUUGAAUAAGAUAUUUCUAUAUUAUUUAUAUACUAUGCAUUCAGCUUUAUCCAUGCUAACCUUCAUUAGUACACAAUUUGUGCUCUAUUAUUUGAAAAUCACUAAUAAUAACACUCUUAUUAGCAAUACUAAUAUACAAUCAACACUAAUAAUUUAUUUCUAAAUUCACCUCAUUUUCUACUCAAUUUACAAGACCAAUUUCCCAAUUCCUGUUUAUAUGUACUCACCCUAUCACUAACUCACAAUGCCCCCAACACUGUCAUAGUGACAGUGCCAUAUUCUGCUGGACCACUCAGAUCAAAAUCAAAUCUACCACCCUGUUACGCAUAUAUUUUUGGGCUUGAAUUAAUACCUAAAUAUUGCCUAAUUGUUAUUAGUGUGUAAUUGGCAGCACUUUAAUGGUGUGGAUUCUAUUCUAGUGACAUGUGUUGUUUAAUUAGAGUUAUUUGAGUUUAUAUGGGUUUAAUAACAAUUUAAUAAACACCAAUCACCCAUAACAUUAACACCAGCAUCACCUUCCUAAUUUUGUGUUGAUAAGAGUAGAAUAUAUGUGACCAAGGAAGCAUGGCCUCCGCAAGACCUCUGAAGGUGUUCUGUGAUAUCUGGCACCAAGACGUUAGCAGCAGGUCUCCAUUAAUCACAUCAGUGAGCCUUGGGUGCCCAUGACCUUUCUUUGUCUUUCUUAGGGAACUUUUGGUAGGUUCUGACCACUGCAUACCAGGAACACCUCACAAGACCUGUACUGAGUGGCCAAAUCCUUAUGCAUGCUCAUUUUUACUGCUUCAACUUCAAGAAUUGACUGUUCACUUGCUGCCUAACAUGUAGAUCUCACACAUUUGAUAUAUGGCACUUUACAUAACCCAAAAAAGUGCUAAAAGUACUUAAUACACUGUGCACCACAGUUAUUAGUAUCUGUUUAAAGUACUUUGGCUGGAAAAUGUACCCUUUACAAUAUAGUACAGCAAAGGUGUACAAUGGUUUCAUGUUGUUUCUGGACAUUUUAGGACCAUAGGUUAAAAGCACUGAAUUAUUUGCGCAACAGGGUGGUAUGAAAUUGUUUAUUGUGACUUAUUUUAACUAACAGUGCUAUUAGUAGUGAUUUUAAUUGAACAGACUACUAAUUAUGUACUUUUAAAGGAUGAAUAUGAAUAUCGCUGAAUGUAUAGUAAAUAAUUUAGGCUUUACUGACCACAAAGUAGCUAAGAACUUAAAAACCCCAAAUUUGUGUUCCUUAAAACAGUGUUUCUUGAUCCUGGUCUUGAAGAUAUCCUUCUCUCCAUCCAAAAGUUGAAAUAAACAUUAGAAUAUGCAGGAGGGUGUGCCUUCAGGACCAGGGUUGAGAAUCACUGCACUAAAUUAAAGUGUUACCAAACUCUGUACAACACAGAGUCAUGAUAAACUAACUUAAAUGUAUUUUACUCAAUCAUCUUCUUUCUCAGUUUAAAGCCAUAAUCAGAAUUAAUAUGAUUAUACCUCAUUAAAAUCACAUUUCUAGACCAUCA